CCCACAGAAACAGAUGAUGUUGGUUUUUCGUAUUACUGUACUCUUACCCUUCUUUGUGUGGUAAUCGGUCUACAUCUGGCAAGGUUUUCGGCACACCUUUAUAUAAGAGUGUCCAAUGGGAGAGCUCUACUGAUUGGACACCAGGGUCUCGGGACACGAUUCACUAUGCUUUACUACACCUCGGGUUUGCUCUUGGCGGUGCUUGUUGCCUGUACGGGUGGCUCGAUCCUCCCCGACUCGAGGACGAGCGAGUGCUUCCCCGGCUUCUACCAGUGCGACACCGGCGUCUGCAUCCCCGAGGCCGACCUCUGCGACGGGGUCCUCAACUGCGUCACGGGAGAAGAUGAGAUGAACUGCGGAUCGAAAGCGCCCUUGCGAGUCGAAGAAUGCUUCCCGGGCUACUACAUGUGCGCCACGGGGACCUGCAUCCCGGAGUCGUUCGUGUGCAACGGCGUCGUCAACUGCGUCACGGGCGAUGACGAGAUGAACUGUGGCCAAACAGGAAACAGCACCUCUGAAGUCUUCGCCAAGUGCAGUGAAUUUUCCUACGAGUGCGCCGGGGGUGUGUGUGUACCGCUGGACAAAGUGUGCGACGGGAUCAUCAACUGCAUUAUGGGAGACGAUGAGGAACACUGCGAGGAGUAAGUGAUUCGAGGUCUUCGGUGACGUCAUUCAGCCUUCAGUGACAACAUGGAAUCUUCAGUGACGUCACUGGUCUUCAAUGACGUCAUAGGGUCUUCAGUGACGUCACGGGGCCUUGAAUGACGUCAUAGGGUCUUCAGUGACGUCAUGGGGUCUUUUUAACAUCACAACCUCUUAAUUUUGGGUCAUUACCUCUUUUCCCUGAUGUUGGAAUUUUUCAUGUUUCUAUUUUAAUAAACGUAAAAGAAGAUUU